AGAGUGGAUACCUCUUAUAUACUCUGAUGGAUUCACUUUACUGGACACAACACUGUCUGCGCGCUAUUUGUGCAUAAGGAUGUGUAAAAAAAUGGUGAUGAGAUCCUUGAUUUGGUCGAUGGUGGUGGCAGUUACUGUCGCACGCCCAGAGCCACCAUCUUCGUACGGCCCACCCGCAACAUCGUACGGCGUUCCUGCGCAACAAUACGGACCACCGCAGCAACCCAUUGUGCAUAAACAUGUAUACGUACAUGUUCCACCUCCGGAAAAUGAGUUGCCAAAACUUCAAAAACCCAUUUACGUGCCUCCACCUCAAAAGCAUUACAAGAUAGUAUUCAUCAAGGCACCGACACCUCCAACCCCAACCGCACCUAUAAUCCCGGUUCAACCUCAGAAUGAAGAAAAGACUCUCAUUUACGUGUUGUCAAAGAAACCUGAGGACCAACCAGAAAUUGUGAUCCCCACCCCAGCACCAACUCAGCCUUCUAAACCUGAGGUCUAUUUCAUUAGAUACAAGACACAGAAACAAGAAGGAUAUCCAGCUGCGGCGCCACCAGCACCACAAUAUGGUCCUCCUGCUUCAGCUCCAUCAUCAGAAUACGGCGCUCCUUAAAUAAAACAUUAUUCUCUUAAUCACUUACCAAAAACUAGAGACACUUUACGCAAACAAGAAAACAUAAAAUUGAUGUUACAUAUUUAUCAUUGUAUGCGAUAAUUGUGAUAGAAAAAUUAAAUGUGCCAUUAGAUAAUGUUAUUACACAAAAAUUUAAUGAUAUUGUAUAUAUUUGUGGUGUAAAAUUUUUAAAUAAUAUUUGGAAGUCAUUGAAAGGAUGAAAAAAGAAGCUUAGUUUACUAUAUUAUCUUGCAGUUUCUAUAGGUCAAACAAGCGCGAGUGUCAUUAUCGUGGAGUGGCGCCAACUGUAGAUAUUGUUCGUUAUUUUUAACUUGCAUCGAAUUGUUAUAAAUACCUACACUUGUAAAUA